UUCUUUCGUAAUUAUGGUCAUCAUGUAUCCGUUAUGAUCUUAUUACAUAAAGCAAGAUGAUAGAAUACAAAAAAAAACUAUGAUACCUUUUUUUGCCGGUUCCUAUAUAAUUUAUAAGUCUUUUGCAACAUAAAUAAUAUUACAGAAGUUAUUUACAAUACAAAAUUAUAUUUCUUACAAAACUGUAAGUUAUACUUAAAACCAGGUAUAGUUUCACAAAGCUGUGCACCCAACCUCGGAGUAAGUAUAAAUCUACAUAUUUCUUAUGACUUUUAUGUAUUUUUUUAUAUUACUAUACUGAUUUUAGUAUGAUUUUGUUUUACAGUGGACCAAGGAUACAAGAUUACCAUCACUUAAAGCUUAACACAGUGUUAUUGUGUUAAGUGUUAGUGUAGUGAAGUGAACCAGUUUGUGGCCAGCUCGUGGUCAUAAACUGGCGAGUGUAGUGUUUGAAGAUGGACCUGCCAGACUGCCCCCCAGGGGCUGAAGGUUAUGAAGACUCAGUUGUGCAAGUUCCAAUGAAAAAACCUGACGAUACAUCUUGCACUAAGGCGGAACAGGAGUUCCAGGAGCACCUGAGCAGCCUGAAGAUCAAGGUGGAGGGCGGCGGCGCGCGGCCCAUGGUGGAGCGGCGCGGGCGCGACAUCUCCGGCAAGUGGAUCUACCUUUGCUACCCGUGCGCCGCCAUGUGCAGCGGGGAGGCUGUGCUGCAGACGCACAUAUCGGGCAAGAAGCACAAGUCGAAGCUGCAGCUGCGCACCGUGUGGCCGCCCAGCAUCUUCGACGAGCACCCCUACAUCCUCAACCAGAAGGACCCCGCCGCCGGCGCCUCCAAACAUGAUGCAACGGAAAGAACGCUCCGGCAGAUGGCGACAGAAGUGUCGCUGCACAACGCAGAGGCGACGGAGCUGGACCGCAAGUACGGCCGGUACCGCGGCGUGCGCACGCACAUCGAGGACUCGCUCGACAAGGUCAAGGCACCACUGAUCGGGCUGGAGUACCUGAUCGAGCACCCUCCAGAGCAGGCACACUACGAGCCCUCGUACAUGUGCUGCCUGUGCCUCAAGCAGGGCCACCCGCGCACCAUCGUCAACCACCUCAACUGCUUCUGGCACCGGUUCAACUACCUCAGCCGCCACUUCCCCAAAGCGGCCAACAUGUUAGCACCGUACCGCUCCAACAACGCGGCGCGCGACGGCGUCAACGUCGUCAUGAACCGCGUCGCGCAGCGCAUCGAGGCGCACUUCGGACGCAUGAAGCCCGUCAUCGUGGAUAAGGACCUGUACGACAUUGAGAAGGAAGGCAUACAUCAAUGGAUAUUCAAGGGGCAUCACAACUCGGAGCAGGACCUGUCGCUCACCGAGAUCAUUGACAUCGACUUGAUCAACUCCUUGAACAAGGAUAAUAAUUCCCGAAGUGAUGUCAGGACGCCAAAUCGUAGACAGAGGCCGUGUCGACGGAACAGACUCGUUCGAGACGACAUUCCGACGGCUAACAAAGAGUUGGCGAUGUUGUACAAAAGGAAAGACUCAGAGAAAGACGAUUCUCUGACAACUCCAUCGGAUUCCGAGCCUACUAAAGACAUACAACCCGGCGACGCUGCGUCGGCCGCCACCGCCGCUGCGGAGAAACCAGUCUUCAAUAAGCUAUUCAAUGUUGGCGCUCGCGCGAACCCUCGCAACACGCGUCGCGCGCCGUCCACGGAGUCUCUGUCGGACAUCAGCGGUGACGAAGCGCAUCCUCGCGAUGCCGCGCGCCGCCGGCCGCCGCAGGCCAGCAGAUAUGAAAACAAGGCGUUCUCCUUCCGUUCGCGCUACACCGCCGUGCGGCCCGACAAGAAGGACGAAGGAGGAAAGAUAAAGCCGGUGAACAUGGCGCACAAGUUAAAGAUGGUAGAAGAGAAGACGGCGGCGGCGACGGAGGCGGCCAACAAGGCGCUCGCCUACCACGAGAAGAACCCCGAGAAGCACCCCAUGUACCCCGACGAGUGGAAGAAGUUCUGGAACCGGAGAUACAAGGAGAUACAAGCAGAGGGCAAGGACCCGGCGAAGCACGACUACAAGCCGGAAUGGAUCGUGUUCUGGACGUCGCGCAUGAAGGAGCUCCACGACGAGGAGCUGCGCGUCAACGUGAACGAGAUCUACCGCCGGCUGUGCAUCACGCCGCCCGCGCCCGAGCGUGACCGCCCGUCUGGCAUGGAGAUGCUGCCGCGCAGGAGGAGCCCGCCGCCGCGCGACCGACGCGACCGCCGCCCCUCCCCCCGCCACCGCGCGUCCCCGCGCCGGCGCUCGCCCCUCCGCCGCCACAGCCCGGAGCGCCGCCGCAGCCCCGAGCGCCGCCCCGACCGCCGGAGGAGCCCCGAGCGACGCCGCAGUCUGGAGCGACGCCGCGACCCGCCGCGGACGUUGAGGACUAGGAGUCGGAGUCCACUGGCUGCCAGCGAAAGCCGACCACACGCGCCCCCUCGCAGCCCCUCACGCACCAACAUUCGCCUGGAGUCGCUGCGCCGCAGCCUGAGCCCGCUGUCCCGGCGCGAGGCGCUCAUGCGCAACAAGAGCCCCGCCGCGCGCCCGCCCGCCCCGCACACCGUCACCAUCAGCGACGACGAGCUGCCUCCUGUGGACACGGGCGCCUCCCCGUGGAACUCGGCGGACGACCUCGACGACAGCCUCGGCUCGCUCCCUGACGCCAAGUCGCCGGACUUCCGAGCACGAUCCCGCACUAAAGACAGUUCCAUGUCGCGCUACACGGGCCGCAGCCACCGCUCCUACCGCCCCACAGAGGACAUAGGGCCCAUGGACAAUGUGGUGGCCACGUUGAGGCUGUUGGUAGCCCUGGAAGAUUAUCUGGGCAGUCUUGGGCCGAAGAUUGUGGAUUUGCUGACGGAGGCGUUGAAGAUGGAAAAGGAAAAAGCCAACUCCUCCGAAGAGCUCCUAGAGCGCGAGUCGGCAGUAGCCCUGAUGGAGACGUGCAAGGAGAAGCUGAAGGGCGCCAGACAGGCGGGGCUGGUGCCGCCCGCCGCCGCGCCCGCGUUGCGCAACGCCGUCGUGCGCGUCGCCGCGUUGUUACACGAGGCUGACACGCGAGCUAAUAAGAAAGAUCAGAAGUGUACGCCGUCGUCUUCAGGCGCAGCGGUGCCGGUGGCGGGCGUGGGGCAGGUGGACCGCGCGCAGAUCGCCAAGCAGAUGGCGGCUGCACUCAUAGCUCAGGGCAAGACCGACGUGUCUUCCGAGGAACUGGCGCAGCUGGUUGAUGCUGUGGUGGGCAUGGCCGAGGCGAAGAAGCGCGAGGCGGAGGCGCAGAAGCGCCCGGAGCCGCGGCCCGAGCGCGCGCGCCCCGCCGGCGCCACCGGGCCCGCCUCCGCGCUGCAAAUGUUGCAGUCCGCUUAUGAUGAAUAUGACAAGAAGCCAGAAAAGGACGAAGCUCCAGACGCAAUGGACGGCCUAUCCGACUCGGACCUCGAAACGUUGCUCAAGAACUUCAACGAGCUAUCGGCGGAAGAGCAGCACAGCCUCAUAGCUUACUUGAAGAAGCUCGAGGCUAAAGAGCCGAAGCGAGUUGAGAGACUGAGGGAGUACGUGAGCACGGCCGCGACGGUGGCGCCGCCGGCGGUGGAAGAGCCGGCGAAGAAACAGGACGCGCCGGCAGUUGUCGACAUCGAGAGCGAUGAUGAUGAUGAUUACACUGUUGAGGAGGUCUUCAACACAGCCAAACAGAAAGUGAAGGAAGACCAGAUACGGCAAGAAAUGGAAAUAGUAACUAAAUCAUUGCUGGAGACUAAACCGGAGGAGGCGCCCGCGACGAUCGCAGCCACCACGGCGGCCGCGACCAUCGCCGGGCUCGACAUGAUCAGCAGCUCCUCGGCCGCCAACCUGCUGGCGAUGGUGCAGGCCACCAUGGCCAAGGUCAUGCCAGCCGCCGCCGCGCCGGCCGAGGUGGUCAGCAGCGGCACGCAGCCGAGGUCCUUCGGGGACGUCACCGAGGAGGCCAUGGAGGUCAGCGACCCCGCGCCCGCGCCCAUGCCCAUCGCGCAGAUUCUCGAGCAGUUCAAGCAGGGCGGCGCGCUGGGCCAGCCCGCACCGGACAAUCAGGACAGAUUCAACAACAUGCAAAUGGGUAAUGCAAAUAUGGGUAUGAAUAGCCCGAAUAUGGGAGGUAAUAUGAACCAGGGUAUGGGCGGUAAUAUGAACUCGAAUAUGGGUAACAUGAACCCUAAUAUGGGUAACAUGAACCCGAAUAUGGGUAACAUGAACCCUAAUAUGGGUAAUAUGGGCCAAAACCAUUACAUGGGAAACACCAACAAUAGUAACAUGGAUAACAUGGGCUACAACAACCAGAACCAGCAAAUGAAUGACAUGGACGCGCCCAUGUAUGACAGAGGCAUGGACGAUAGGAACAUGUCGUAUGGAGACAGAAACAUGCCGAUGAACCGCAACAUGGGCUACAACGACGGCAACGCCUCAAUGAGUGACCGCAACAUGCCGUUCAACCAGCAAAAUAACCGGAACAUGCCGUACAACGACCGCGGUAACAACAUGCCCUAUAACGACCGGAAUAUACCGAUGCGCAACAACGCACCAAUGAACAACAUGGGGUCUAACGACAACAUGAGAGGCCAGAGUCUUCUACCGCCGAGCGAUAUGAGGCAGCCGAGCCAGGGCGGGCGGCCGUGGAACAACACGCCUAACAUGCAGGACAACAACAGCGGAGGCCCCCUGCGCACGCCCACCUUCUUCAAUCAGGGCGGGGGCCGCGGCGGCUUGAAUCAGCAGCAGGAUCGCAACCAGAAUCAACAGUUUGGCAAUAAUAGGGGUAGGGGAGGGAAUAGAGGUAACCAGGGCGGCAGAGGGCGCGGGCGCGGUCGCGGCGGGGGCGGGCGUGGUGGCGGUCGCGGAGGUUACUAGAUCGAAAUGUAGUUGGAGUUUGCGGGAUAAUAUGGAUUACGACAAUCAAAUAUAAUACGCUUAAAUUCAUAUAAAAUAUUGUUACAUGUUCACGCUUCAGAGGAGCACCGAUCUCCUACGAGAGAAAUUUCACCGCGCCGCAUCGUUAAUCUCCAGUCUUAGCAAUAAUUCGGAGUAAUAGCUUUAUAAAUAAGAUGUAAUAUAGAUUUUAACUAGGUUAC